AUGGUUUCGGGAAGAGUAGAGAUCCUGACGCUGGUGCACAGCCGCGUCCAAAGCCCUGCUCUGCAACUUCCUGGCUGUGUGACCUUGGGCCGGUUGCUUCACGUCUCUGCGCUCCGGUUCCCGGGCCCGCGCGCGGCCCCCGAGGAGCAGGCUGAGGCCGGGGCCGAAGCCAAAGCCGAAGCCGAAGCCGAAGCUGAGGCCGAAGCCGAGGCCGAAGCCGAGGCCGAGGCCGAGGCCGAAGCCGAAGCCGAAGCCGAAGCCGAGGCUGAGCUGGAGGAGCUUGCCGAGGCCGAGGCGGAGGAGCCAGCCACGCCGUGGCCCGAAGGCAGGCCCGAGGAACCGGAGAAUGGGGAGAGGGAAGAGGCGCCGGAGGAGGAAGAGAAGGCCCCGGAGGAGGCGCGGAGGAAGAAGGCCCGGCUGCGGAUCGCCCUGCCGCGGUCCAUGCCGCGCCAGGAGGAGGCCCGGGAGGGGCUGGAGGACGAGGCGGGGAGCAAGGAGAGCCAGAGGCGGAGCGCGGGGGCGGGCGCGCUCGGGGAGGGGCCGUCGGAGGUGGUGCUCAAGGUGGACGCGGAGUGGACCGAGGAGGUGCGGAAGCAGCAGGAGCAGCAGCUGCGCUCGGAGCUCCUGGACCAGUACCGCGCCCUGAUGGUGGAGCGCAGCCACUACCAGCGCUACAACAUGUACCUGCAGCGCAAGAUCUUCGAGUCGCUGCGCAAGAAGAAGGGCCUGGACGCGGCCGAGGUGCCCGAGCGCGAGGCGGAGCCCGAGGCCCCCGAGAAGGAGGAGGCGUACCUCAGCUACCUGGCCGUGCUGGAGGAGCUGAGGAAGCAGCAGGCCGACGACCUGGGCUGGUACCACCAGGAGCUGGGCCAGCUGAAGCAGCAGUGCAGGGAGAAGCUGGCCCGGGUGGAGAAGGAGUGGCGGGCCUUCCAGGCGCUCAAGAAGCACGUGGCCAUGCAGGCCAUGGGCAGCGGCUGGAUGCGCGGCGGCCGCCAGGCGGCCCUCCGGGAGGUGGAGCAGAUCCAGGCGCUGGAGGACCGGAAGGAGAAGGAGAUGAGCGCCGUGCGGCUGGAGAACGUGCAGCUGAAGCAGAGCCUGGCGCACUUCGAGACCAGGAUGAGGGCGCAGGAGGACAUGACCCAGGGCCUGCUGCUCAUCGACUUCGAGCAGCUCAAGAUCGAGAACCAGACCUUCAACGAGAAGGUGGAGGAGCGCAACGAGGAGCUCCUGAAGCUGCAGAGCAAGGUGAACGCCAGCGUGCAGAUCAUUACCCACGUGAAGGAGAAGCUGCACUUUGUGGACAUCGAGAACGCAGGCAAGAAGUCCCAGCUUCUGGACGCCGAGGUCCAGGUGGCCCUCAGGCGGGACAUCUUGACCAAGACCAAGAAGGCUCGGGACAGUCUGCGGGCUGACAACAUCAGGCUGAACCAGAAGUGCGGGCUUCUGGGCAAGGAGGCGCUCCUGCGGGACAUGGAAGACAAGGUCCGCAAGACGGCGCUGCUGACCGAGCGCCUGGAGUCGCUGCAGCGCCACCACGCGGGGCUGCUGCUGUCCUGCAGGGGCGUGAGGCAGAAGAUCCGCGAGGCCAAGGCCUUCCUGCCGCCCUGA